AUGAGUUCCUUCUCUUUUGGUGGUGGUGCUUCUGCAUCAUCAUCAUUCGUACCAACAAAGAAAUCAACCCGAACAAAGCCUAAAUUUACUCCCACAAAUGAGAAAGAUCCUUCUAAUCAUCAAAAUUAUGAUUUUCAAUCCAUCACCAAAAUGCCCUUCUAUGCAAAUUCUUCUUUCGAACAAUUACGAUAUGAAAAUUUGAUCGAGAAGAGAAAGAAGCAAAAAACCAAUGAUGUCAAAUCCGAUGCUCAACUUGUAUGGAAUUUGUUUGAAAAAAAGAUGGUGCGUGGAGAAGAGAGGAUCAAAUCAAAUGGAUCAGCUCUAAAUUUUAAUUCCAUUGCAUCAUCGUCGUCAAAAACCAAUUACAUGGCCAUAGACAUUGCUUCAUUGUUUAUGAAUUGUGAAAAAACCAAUUGUGAUGAAAUUGAGUCGAAAAUGGCUGAUUGCAAAAUUGUGUUUGAUUCAUCUCUCACCGACGUUUUUAAUUGUCACAAAAUUAUUUUGAUUUGUAGAUCUCCUUUUUUCAAAAGAUUAUUUGAGGCUCAUCCAAAGUGCGAAAGUCUUUCCUUUCCAUCAAUUUCGAAAAGUGUUAUGAAAUCAAUUUUACAAUGGAUCUACUGCGACAUGAUAGAUUCAGAAAUUCCUGACGAGAUUUUUAUGGAUUUGGUUCAUGGAUCUCUAAUCUUUCAUCAAAAACCUCUGUUUAGACAUUUAAUAGAUUCGAUUCCUGAUCAUUCAUCCAAGAUUUGGGAGUUGCCUGAACAAAUUGAAAAUCAACCUCUUAAUAUUGAAGUGAUAAUAGACAAUCAGCCAGUAACUAUUUCUUAUGCAUCAUCCUAUACAGAAGAUAUUAAGAAAAUAAUUAUCGAGCACAAUACCAAGUCUAAAAAGGCAUUUGUUUACAACCUCGAGAGCGACCUUAAAUCAGGAAAAAUUGCUGAUUGUAACCAAAAAAUGUUCUUCCAGUCAGUCCUUCCCUCUAUUGAAUGUGAAUCAAUCACUCUUUCACCUGUUGCAACUGCAGGUCUCUUGAAAAUGGCCAAAGAUUUCGCAAUGGAGACAUCCCAAAAAAGAAAGUUAUUGAAUGUUGUGUUUUCACGUGGCACCUGUUUUCAGCAAAAGAAGUGGCAAAACUUUGGAAAAGAACUUGUGGAUGAAGAUACAAGCGACAAGGCUGUCGAUUUGCUUUUUGAGUGCAUGAUUGCUGAUGGACCAAUUAAAUAA